UGCUAUGAAACCACAAGAAAGACUCAUGUUGGUCUGGUAACUCAAGCUGACCCUAGUGAGAUCAGGGCCUGGAUCUAGACCAAAAAGGGGUGGGGAGAAUUAAAAGAAUAGUGAAUGAAGAAAACAGACUUGUACACAACUUGCAGAGAAAGAGAACUAACGGGGAGGGAGAGAAGCAACAGAAAUACAUUUCUACUGGAACAGCAUCAACAGAUGUUCUCUUUCAGGCACUGACGAGUGAAAGGAAACACAAAUCUGAGGAGCCCUCUCAUAUUCCAGUCUCUUAAUCAAAUCAAUGCAUCAGCAACCAGAGUGCUGAAAUUGUCUCGCCUGGUGUUACGUAUGAAAAGAUUUCAUCAUGGAAAAGACACUGCUGUGCUUGGUGCUGAUGGUUCCUUUGAUCUGUACUUUAAAGCAACGAAGAGAGCCGUCCGAGUGGGAUUAUCGAUCAGUGGCUGAGAAGGUAAACAUGCGAGGAUGUGCUAAUCUGACUACUGUGCUGGACAACUGGAAAUUUGCCAUUAUGACCCAGUUUAGAAACCUGCUCCUCUAUGAUCAUCACACUGUGCUGCCGGACUAUGGAAGGAUUAAGUCUCUCUCCGAAGCUUUGGAUGAAUUAUACAAAGAGUUUAAUGCCCUGAAGGAGCACCUGGGGGAACUGAGUACCAAGUUUGAAGGGGUAGAAGUCUUUGUGGAUGAGAUGAAUGCUGGCCGGCAGAUGGCACCUCCAAAAUCAGUUCCUACAGUGGCACAACCAGCCAGGCAGCCAGUUGCAAGCAAAGAGACGGGUUUGGGCCUUGGGGUCCUAACUAAUCAAAGAAAGUUUAAAAGGCCCAAAGCUCCUGUUAAUCAGCCUUAAAAAGGAAAUCAGCUCUCCCUGUUAUACUGAGCGUAUUAUUCUAUUUACAAAUACUAGCCAGUUAUUAUGUACGUUGUUCAGGUAUUUGCAUUUAUAAAUGUGCUCUGCUUAUUGUCCAUUUUCUUUAUAGAUGGUUCAUUGAAAUUCUAAAAAAAUGUUUUAAUUAUUUUAAAAAAGAUUUAUAUAGAAAAUGAAAAACAAACGUUUUAUGUGAUAUUUACAGAUAGGCUGUACCAGAGUGUUUUGGUUCAGGGGGGCUCUUCAGGGGGACCAACAUAUAUAAAUGCAGUUUUCUCCUUAAAUAUCAUAUAUUAGCAUAACUCUGCAUUCCUUCUGAUCCAUUCUGCUUAACAUACACACAAGGAAUGGUUCAUAGCAUGGAUAUCUUUCUUUUUAUUAUAUUUCUGAAAAUAAAAUAAAAUCUUAUA